UAGCCGGAGCUGAGGCAAGGAGCCGACAGGCCCGCGGAGCCGCGCGGGGAAGGCCCGGGCGCAGCUGAGCUUGCGGCCGCGGCUGCUGGCCGACGGAGUCGGCCGGGCCAGGCGCCGAGUGGGACGUGCUCUGUGGAGACGCGGAGGAGCGAGUCACCGCGGCCUGAGAAAUAUCUAUGCAAGAUGUUCACAUUGCAAACUUGGAUAGUGCAAGCCUUGUUUAUUUUCCUCACCACUGAAUCUAUAGGUGAACUUAUAGUUCCAUGUGCUCAUAUCCACCCUGAAUCUUCAGUUGUACAACUUGGUUCGAAUUUCACGGCAGUUUGUGUGCUAAAAGAAAAAUGUAUGAAUGAUUAUCAUGUGACUGCUAAUGAAAUUUUCUGGAAAACAGGCCGUGUUACUGUUCCUUAUGAACAAUAUGCUGUCAUAAACAGAACAGCAUCUAGUGUCACAUUUCCAAAUAUAACUUUAAUAAAUGCUCUGCUCACUUGCAACAUUCGUAUGUUUGGACAGAUUAAUCGGAGUGUUUAUGGAAUCAGAAUCAUUUCAGGCUUGCCUCCUGAAAAACCUAAAAAUUUGAGUUGCAUUGUGAAUGAAGGAAAGAAAAUGAUGUGUCAGUGGGAUCCUGGAAGGGAAACACACCUGGAAACAAACUACACUUUAAAAUCUGAGUGGGCAACAGAGAAGUUUGAUGAUUGUAAAGCAAAACGUGACACCCCCACCUCAUGCACUGUUGAUUAUCCUCCUGUGUAUUUUGUCAACAUUGAAGUCUGGGUAGAAGCAGAGAAUGCCCUUGGGAAGGUUGCCUCAGAUCAUAUCAAUUUUGAUCCUAUAGAUAAAGUGAAGCUCAAUCCACCACAUAUUUUAUCAGUCAACAGCUCAAAGGAACUAUCUAGUAUUUUAAAAUUGACAUGGACUGACUCACGUUUUAAGAGUUUUAUAACUCUGAAAUAUGACAUUCAAUAUAGGACCAAAGAUGCCUCAACUUGGAACCAGGUUCCUCCUGAAGAUACAUCAUCUACCCGAUCUUCAUUCACGGUUCAGGACCUUAAACCUUUUACAGAAUAUGUGUUUAGGAUUCGUUGUAUGAAGGAAGAUGGUAAAGGAUAUUGGAGUGACUGGAGUGAAGAAGCAAGUGGUAUCACAUAUGAAGAUAGACCAUCCAAGGCACCAAGUUUCUGGUAUAAGAUAGAGCCAUCUCAUGCUCAUGGUACUAGAUCUGUACAACUCAAAUGGAAGACAUUGCCUCCUUUUGAAGCUAAUGGAAAAAUUUUGGAUUAUGAAGUGACUCUCACAAAAUGGAAAUCACAUUCACAAAAUUACACAGUUAAAGACACAAAACUGACAGUAAACCUCACAAAUGAUCGCUAUGUAGCAACUCUGACAGCAAGAAAUCUUGUUGGCAAAUCAGAUGCGUCUGUUUUAACUAUCCCUGCCUGGGAUUUUCAAGCUACUCACCCCGUAACCAGUCUUAAAGCAUUUCCCAAAGAUAACGUGCUUUGGGUAGAAUGGACUGCUCCAGAUGAAUCUGUAAACAGAUACAUACUUGAGUGGUGUGUGUUAUCUGAUAAAUCGCCCUGUAUCCCAGAAUGGCAACAAGAAGAUGGUACUGUACAUCGCACCUAUUUAAGAGGAAACCUAGUAGAGAAGAAAUGUUACUUGAUAACAGUUACUCCAGUAUAUGAUGAUGGACCAGGAAGCCCCGAGCAUAUAAAGGCAUACCUUAAACAAGCUGCACCUUCCAAAGGACCUACUGUUCGGACAAAAAAAGUGGGGAAAAAUGAAGCUGUCUUAGAGUGGGACCACCUUCCUAUUGAUGCUCAGAAUGGAUUUAUCAGAAAUUAUACUAUAUUUUAUAGAACCGUCAUUGGAAAUGAAAUCGCUGUGAAUGUGGAUUCUUCCCACACAGAAUAUACACUGUCCUCUUUGACUAGUGACACUUUGUACAUGGUACGAAUGGCAGCAUACACAGAUGAAGGUGGAAAGGAUGGUCCAGAAUUCACUUUUACUACACCAAAGUUUGCUCAAGGAGAAAUUGAAGCUAUUGUUGUACCUGUUUGCUUAGCCUUCCUAUUGACAACCCUUUUGGGAGUUUUAUUCUGCUUUAAUAAGCGAGACCUAAUUAAAAAACACAUCUGGCCUAAUGUUCCAGAUCCUUCAAAGAGUCAUAUUGCCCAGUGGUCACCUCACACACCUCCAAGGCAUUUUAAUUCAAAAGAUCAAAUGUAUCCAGAUGGCAAUUUCACUGAUGUAAGUGUUGUGGAAAUAGAAGCAAAUGACAAAAAGCCUUUCCCAGAUGAUCUAAAAUCUUUGGACCUAUUCAAGAAAGAAAAAGUUAAUACUGAAGGACACAGUAGUGGUAUUGGAGGGUCUUCGUGCAUGUCAUCUUCUAGGCCAAGCAUUUCUAGCAGUGAUGAAAAUGAAUCUGCACAGAACACUUCAAGCACUGUCCAGUAUUCCACAGUGGUACACAGUGGCUAUAGACACCAGGUACCAUCAGUCCAAGUCUUCUCAAGAUCUGAGUCCACCCAGCCCUUGUUAGAUUCCGAAGAACGGCCAGAAGAUUUACAGCUGGUAGAUAAUGUAGAUGGCAGUGAUGGCAUUCUGCCCAGGCAGCGGUAUUUCAAACAAAACUGCAGUCAACAUGAAACCAGUCCAGAUAUUUCGCAUUUUGAAAGGUCACAGCAAGUUUCCUCAGUCAAUGAAGAAGAUUUUGUUAGACUUAAACAGCAGCAGAUUUCAGAUCAUAUUUCACAGCCCUAUGGAUCUGGGAAAAUGAAAAUGUUUCAGGAAGUUCCUGCAGUGGAUGCUUUUGGUCCAGGCAUUGAGGGACAAGUAGAGAGAUUUGAAACAGUUGGGAUGGAGGCUGCAGUUGAUGAAGGAAUGCCUAAAAGUUACUUACCACAGACUGUGAGACGAGGUGGCUACAUGCCUCAGUGAAAGACCAGCUCCUGUUACAUCUUCGGAAAUACCUGUAAAGUAAAGCUAAAAAUACUUUAUCUGUGAUUUCAGAUCUUCACUCGCUGAAGAUGAUCAUUUGCCCUUAAGGACAAGAAUGUACUGUCCUGCCACAUGGGCUUUUUCCAUCCCAGUAUAUCUGGGAUUCAACUUU